AUAUUCCCAUAGCCAAAAAACUAAUAUCGUUGAAAAUUAGCUGAGCAGUUAAUUACCGCUUUAUUCUUAAAAAUGAUUCGGUGUUUUGGCCGCCAAAAUUGGUUUUCAAAAGCUUUAGUUCGAUUUUGUGGAGCAGCAGCUACCAAUACGGAAUCUAAUGAAACACAGAUCUCCACGGAGCAAAAGAAGGAUACCAAAAUAAAAGACGGCUCCAAGCCUAGUGAACGCUAUUUGAAAUUCAAGGAGAAAAUGCGAUCGAGUGCACCCGUUUUGUCCGUACCAAAGGGAAUGCCACAUCCGGCUCACGAAAAGGAGCCACUGAAGCCGUGGCCAAACAAUACCAAUCCGUAUACAGGUGAAAUUGGUGGACAGCGCGGACCGGAGCCCACACGCUAUGGCGACUGGGAAAGCAAGGGCCGGUGUACAGAUUUCUAAAAAUAAGCACUCGCUAUUUUUUACACUCUAGGUAAAAGAUCUUACGGAACGGUAGCUGGGAGCUCAUUCAACCUUUAUCAUUGUUGUUUGCUGUUCUGCGAAGGCAUUACAUAAAUUUCAGUCUUGUGGUUUCCAGAAUUUAUGUUGCACCAACAAUAAAAUAUAAAUUGAUAGCCGUCUAUUGGAUGCUCUCCAAGAGAAAGGGUUCUCGGAAUAGAGUA